AUGGAUAUUGCUCGGGUACAAGCGUAUGCACAAGAAGUGGAGGAUCAUCAUAGGGGACAUCAACCCGAGAGAGAUUUUGAUAGAGGCCAACAUAAGAAGACUAUAUCAGUUGGUUAUUAUGGAGCUGGUCAGAGCUGCAGGGCUUCAGACUCACAGAUGAACAGGGGUUCGCAUCAGUCGAGGCCACCCUUGCCUCAUUGUCCUUAUUGUGAUAAGGCUCAUUCUGGGAAAUGUCAUUUUGGAACAAAUGCUUGUUUUACUUACAGCCAUCAGGGCCACAUUAUGAGGGAUUGUCCAUACAGGGGCAGCCUAGGAAGUGCAGUUCAGCCUACUGGGCCAGUUGCUGGUUUAUCUUCGUUCGUGGCUAUGCGCUUUGCGGGACAGAUUAUUCAGACGCCAGCAGGCCAUGGUAGAGGUCAUGGUAGAACUUCUAGUUCUAGCUUUCCUUUGAAUCGCGUUUAUGCUUUAACCAGCAGACGAGAUUAG